UCGUUGCAUAAGGAUGUUACAACAUAGGGAUACAUCUUUGUGGUUGUCAUAAUUGUAUAAAAUGUGUUUAAAAACGUUUAGUAGAUAAGAUUUGCUUUUUUUAGUUGAUUUUGGCUCGUGAAAGAUGUUUCUAUCUAUGGUAUCGAGGGACGAAUGGCGCGCGCUGCCUCCGCUCGCUGACAUCCCUUUGGUGACACACCCUGUAGAAAACGUCAUCUACCAGCACAGCUUGGACGUCCCUGUCUGUGAAUCUGACCAGGAGUGUACGAAGGCUGUGCAGGAUAUGCAGAAAAAGGACAUGGAGGAAGGAAAACCAGACAUUAUCUACAAUUUCUUGAUCGGAGGCAACGGCAAAGUCUACGAAGGGCGGGGUUGGUAUAACCAAUCAGAUGUUCACAUGUACCCCGAGUAUAACGGAAAUCGCAUAGAUAUCGCAUACAUCGGCAACUUCACAACACCUCAACAAACGCCGGCGAAGCUACAGUAUAUGGGGAUAAAAUUGGCAGAGCUAGGAGUGGAUAUGAUGUAUUUGACCAACACUUACAAUGGGAUUCCGGACAAGUAUUGUGGGAUGGCUUGAAAAGACUUUGAACUAGUUUUGAAGCCCACGUGCAAAGACAGAUUGUUAAAUAAAACUUCGUUUAUAUAAAUAACAGUUACAGUACUGCCAAUUACAAUGAUUGUGAUACAUUGAGUUUUAACAAGUAAAAGCUUAACAUAGAUUUUGAUUGUGCUCGAGGUAGUCAUCAUACUACUGAAAUAAAAAGCAAUUGGAUUAAAGCCUCACAGUAUCAUUGGAGAUAUUUAAAAGUUAAAUAAAUAAUAAAUGCAUUUGCCAUGUUUUA